AGUUUCUAUUCUUCUUCGACGUCAUCUUCUCCUCCUCUGUGUUUUCUCUCGGGAGCCACGGGAAGCUCGAAAAUGGCCAUUCAGGCAAUUCAACCCGCAACACCUUACUACUCUCUCCAUCCUCAUCAGCUGCAAUACCUUUCACCGACUGCACCGUCUUCUCAUAAACGACUAAAGAUGGCAGCUCGGGCCAGCAGGAAGGAAUUGCUCCAGUUCAGUUGCAGAGCCAGCAGCGAAGAUGAUUACCUGCUAGAUGCUCCCGUUUCUGCUGGAGACGGCUUCUCGUUCACUGGCGGUAAAUAUUCGGAUGAGUCGAACCCAGCUGAUGAAUGGUUCAAGCAAGGAAAGAUGGUGAAAGCUUUUCCUAUUCUCGGUUCCAAGGACAAGGCCAAAGAUCCGAUUUUUGGACUUACAAUGGGGACCGGUUCACAGACCACAGCAGAUGUUUUCAGAUGGUUUUGCGUCGAAAGUGGAAGUGCCGAUAAUCCUUCAGUUCUGUUAGUUCAUGGAUUUCCUUCGCAGGCUUACUCUUAUCGUAAAGUACUCCCUGUUCUCUCUAAGAAGUAUCAUGCCAUUGCUUUCGAUUGGAUAGGAUUUGGCUUUUCGGACAAACCUCAACCAGGAUACGGCUUUGACUAUACAUUGGGCGAGUAUGUAUCAUCCUUUGAGUCAUUAAUUAACGGCCUCCUUCUUGAUAAAGUCUCACUAGUUGUCCAGGGAUAUUUUGCCCCAGUUGUCGUUAAAUAUGCCAGUGAACAUCCUGAGAAGAUAAAUCAUUUAGUACUGCUCAAUCCUCCUCUCACAGCUAAACAUGCGAACCUUCCAUCAAGUCUGUCCAUAUUCAGCAACUUCUUGCUUGGCGAAAUUUUCUCACAGGAUCCACUGAGGGCAAGUGAUAAAGCCUUGACCAGUGCCGGACCUUACAAGAUGAAAGAGGACGACGCGAUGAUUUACAGAAGACCUUACCUUACUUCUGGCUCUUCCGGGUUUGCACUGAAUGCCAUUAGCAGGGCUAUGAAGAAAGAUCUGAAGAACUAUGUCGAAGAAAUGAGGAGAAUACUCAGUGACAAGAACUGGGAAGUUCCAACAACAGUAUGCUGGGGCCAAAGAGACCGGUGGUUGAGCUACGAUGGAGUUGAUAGUUUUGUCAAAGACUCGAACAUUCAAAUGGUUGAACUUCCCAUGGCAGGGCAUCAUGUGCAGGAGGAUAGAGGGGAAGAACUCGGACAAAUCAUCUACGACAUUAUUGGAAAGAAAAUCCGUUUUUGAGAAUGACUAUUGAUUGGCUGUUGCAUGAAGAAGCAACUGGUUUUCGGCCAUUAGCACGAUUAUUUCUCCUUAACGAAUAUCGUGUUUUAUUCUGAGGGGAAAUCUUCAAUAUACUUUAUGAACUCAGGGUGGCUUCCCAAAACCAAAUGAAUGGGAAAAUGAGAAAGAUGAAGCUCUGUCUGCUUACAAGGUCAUCAGUUCAGGAUCUCGAGGUAUACGAGUCCUCCCUCUUACAUUUGCUACUUGAACUCAGGUAUGGUUUUCAGACAAUAGAAGAAAAAAAAAAUUCAAAUAUUGUCAUAUCUACGAUUGGGGUCUGUCGAGUUGGUUAGUGCAAUCGCAAAGAAAUCAGAAUUGCUUCUUGCCACUUUUCUAACCAAAGUUUGUGGUUUCUGCUA